GCCAUCAUGAGCAGACAGGUUGUCUGGAGAUCCCAAAGUGGAGGUUAUAGCAGUGGUUCUGCUAUCUUGCCUGGCAGGAGCCGGAGAGUGGCUGGUAGUACCUCUGUUCUGAAAUUUGGAAGCAGCUCUGGAGCCAGAGGAGUUGGUUCCAGCAGCCGGAGCCUUGUCAACCUCGGUGGACACAAGAGCAUCCUUACCAGUGUAGCAGGUGGCAGCUCAGGCCAAGGAAGCCUGGGCUAUGGAGGUUACACAGUGGGGGGAUUUGGAAGUGGACGUUUAGGUGGUGGCAGUUUUGGAGUGGGAGGCUUUAAUCUAGGUGGUUUGGGUAUGGGCGGUGGGUCCUUUGGCCCUAACAUCUGCCCCGGUGGGAUCCAUGAAGUGGUUACCAACCAGAGCCUGUUGGAGCCUCUGGAUGUGAAGAUAGAUCCUGAGGUCCAACAGGUGAAGACUGAGGAGAGGGAGCAGCUCAAGGUCCUCAACAACCAAUUUGCUACCUUCAUUGAUAAGGUGCGGUUCCUGGAGCAGCAGAACCAGGUAUUGAAGACCAAAUGGGACCUGCUCCAGCAGCUGAACGUCAGCACCCGAACAACCAAUCUGGACUCCUUCUUUGAAGCCUACCUCAGCAACCUGCGGAACCAGGUGGACAAUCUCAAGUCCCAGAGAAGCCAGCAGGAUGUGGAGCUGAAGGCCACUCAGGACUCAGUGGAAGACUUCAAGAAGAAAUACGAAACAGAAAUCAACGCUCGUACAAAUGCUGAGAAUGACUUUGUGGUGCUUAAAAAGGAUGUGGAUGCUGCCUACACACUUAAAGUUGACCUCAGCACUAAAGUGGACACCCUGCAGCAAGAAAUUGAAUUCUUCACAGUUCUGUAUGAGACAGAAUUGGCCCAAAUACAUAAAACUGUCAGUGACACCAAUGUGGUCCUUUCUAUGGAUAACAAUCGUACCCUGAACCUGGACAGCAUACUUGAGGAGAUCCAAGCUCAAUAUGAAGAUAUUGCUCAGAAGAGUAAGACGGAAGCUGAUACCUUGUACCAGUCUAAGUACCAAGAGCUUCAGAUCACUGCAGGAAAACAUGGUGAAGAUGUUAAGGUACUGAAGACUGAGAUCAGCGAGUUGAACCGAACUAUUCAGAGACUGCGUGCAGAAAUUGACCGGGUCAAGAAACAGAAUGCCUCAGUGGAGCAGGCCAUCUUGGAGGCUGAGCAGAAGGGUGAGAAAACUGUCAAAGAUGCCCAGGACAAGCUGGUCCAACUGGAAGAUGCUCUGCAGCAGGCCAAGGAAGAGUUCACUCGGCUGCUUCGGGACUACCAGGAACUUCUGAGUGUCAAGUUGUCUCUGGAUGUGGAGAUUGCUACCUACAGAAAGCUUCUGGAAGGAGAAGAGAGCAGGCUCUCUGGAGAUGUGUCCAGUUCUGUGAGCUACUCUGUGGUUACAAGCAGUGUCUCAUCCACUGGUGCAGCAUCAACAAGUCUUGGUCAAGGGAGCAAGAGCUCUGGAGAAGGAAGCAACAGAUACAGCUCAGGAGUUGAAAAUAGCUCUGGAACCAUAUCUGGCUCUACACGUGCUACUUCUGGAUCUUCGGGGUUCAGCUCUGGAUCUGGAACCCAAGAAUCUAGUUCUAGGAAGACCCAGGGUUACAGCUCAGGGCAGGGAAGUCAGGAAGGCUCCUAUUCCCGAGUGAAGUUCUAA